AUGACACUCGCCUCCGAGAUCCUCGCCGUCCUCAACCACACCGCCCAAACGCUCGGGCGCGUCUCCUCCCCCGACACACACGCGUAUGUACCCGCGGAGCACUGCCGUCUCGCCCUGCAGGGGCUCAUCAUAACAGCCGAAGCCGCGGCGAGGGUGGCAGAGACGGAGAAGCUGAAGGCGGAGGCGAUGAUGGUGCGGAGCGAGACGCUCAAGAUCAAUGCGGAGAUGGAGAUACUUAAAGCGGAGGCGGAGAAGGCUGGUAGGGAGGUUGAGAGGGUGAAGGCGGAGACGGAGAGGGUGAAGGUGGAGGCAAUGAUUGAGAAGAUGAUGAUCGAUGCGGAGACGGGGAGGGUGAAGGCGGAGACGGAGAAGGCUGAGAAGGAGGCUGAGAGGGAGGCUCGGAGAGCGGCGUUGGAGACCGAGAGGGUGAAGACAGAGGCGAUGAUUGAGAAGAUAAGGAUCGAUGCGGAGACGGAGAGACUGAAUGCGGAGACGGAGAGGGUGAAGGCGGAGGCCAUGAUUGAAAAGAUGAGGAUUGAUGCGGAGGUGGAGCGGGUGAAGGUGGAGGCGCGAAAGGCCAGCAAGGAGACCGAGAAGCCGGUGCAAUCGCAGGAGGGGGAAAGGCCGAAAUCAGGUGAUGAUGAGACGAUGUCGGAGGUGGUGUUUCACGGGAGGAUGAAGGCGGAGACGGAGCAGAGGAAGCCGGCGGCGGACAAGGGCGAGCAGGAGAAGCGGAGAGUGGGGAGUCAGCAGAAGAGGAAGGUACAUGUUUGGGGAAAUAGCCAGUGCUAA